AUGCGCGUUUCAAUCCUUGCGGCCGCCCUCGUGGCCACUCCCAUUCUCGGCUACCCGCUCACCAGCGACCUCGCCACCCGCGACGACUCGAAGCUCUCGGCCUUCGAUAAUGUCAAGCGGCUCUUGACCGGCUCUGGCAGCCCCGGUGUCCUCAGUUUCAUUCUUCGUAGAGAUUACGGCUACGGUGGUGGGGGCGGUGGCGGUGGCACCUCUGGCCCUAGUGGUGGAAAACCUUCUGGCUCGGGUGGUGGUGGCCCCUCCGGCCCCGGUGGUGGUUAUUCCCCGGCCCCUGGUGGUGGUAGCCCCUCCGGCCCCGGUGGUGGUAGCCCCUCCGGCCCCGGUGGAGGUGCUCCCAGCGGCGGUGGCGGAGGCGGCUACUACUAG